AUGAGGCGGCCUGGUGCAGCACAUUCGGUUGCCUGGAAACAUUACAAACGGGAGAUUCAGCUGGGCUCCAGAUCAGUCUCUCGAAAAGGGCUAAUAAUCGUCCAAAUUUUUAACAUCCUAUUAGGGCCGCAUAGGCCUAGAGCACACAAUCUACCCGAAGCUCUUAGCUUCUUGGUUAAAAUAUGGUUCCAAAAUCGUCGAAUGAAAUGGAGAACUUUUAGGCAGCGUAGUUCAAGCCCUCAUUCAGGUGGCCUAAAGGCAACUCGCAACACAAGUCCCAGUUCAGUCAAUUCAAGGGUCAUGUUUCCACCCGACCAUGCUUGUUUGUUUGGCGAAUUCAAGCUUGCUUUUGAGCAAGAUCAACCGUCAUUUGAUAUCCGUGUUCCAUCGUCUGAGGACACCUUGAAAAACUCCAGCUGA